CUUCUGUUGAGUAUAGACGCUGAUUCAAAUGCAACAUCAGUGAUUGGUGCACGUGACCGUUAUCGAUAACGGAGCGGCAUCGGCCAAAAAAGAUGCAGGAGCGCAGACAAUGUUGCCCCUCACUUGCAGUCUGGAGAGGAAUUGCAGGUCACCAACAUGUCGGCGUUGCAGACUUUCAUGCUGGUGGUGGACCACGACAAGCAGGAGGCUUUUGAAAUUGCCGCAAAGACUGCUCAAGAUGUCGAGAACAAGCAAAUUACGCUAAUCGAUGUCGUUCAAUCGCUCGGUGAAUAUGUCAAUGAAGAAGAUGCUAUACUUCGUGGAAAGGCGGUUUCGUAUCUGGCCGCUGUAGUUAAGGAAUUGUCGCCCAAGUUCCUUUCUCGCCAACAAAUACAAGUUUUGACUACUUUCUUUUGCGACCGCAUCGAGGAUGGAGGGUCUGUCACCGGUCUUGAUACUCUCCAGAAAUUGGACAGAUUUAGUAAAGAGUUGACUCAGGAUACUGCACGGGCUCUAUUUGAAAGUCUUAGAGAGCUACAAGCGCGAGCCCAAUCGCAGAGAUAUCAAGUGUAUCAAUUACUCAAUGGCUUGAUGGAAAAUCACAGGGCCGCCCUUCAUGAAAUGGGCGAUGAAUCCCUAGUUGGGAUUGUAGACUUGAUGACAGGCGAAAAGGAUCCGCGAAAUCUGAUGCUUGUUUUCUCAAUACUCAAGGUAGUAAUGACGGAAUGGGAUCUUACGAGCCAUGUUGAGACGCUCUUUGAAUCUGUAUACAAUUACUUUCCAAUCACGUUCAAACCUCCUCCAAAGGACCCUUAUGGAAUUACAGCUCAAGACUUGAAGGAUCGCUUGCAGGAUUGUAUAUCAUCGAAUUCAUUAUUUGCACCUCAUGCUUUUCCAGCCCUGCUUGACAAGCUUGACUCCACCUCAAAUAAUGUGAAGCGAGAUUCUUUGAAUGCUUUAUCCGCAUGUAUAAAAUCCUACGAUUCCAAUACCGUGUCGAGAUAUUCCAUCAAGAUCUGGGAUACCUUGAAAUUUGAAAUCUUGAAUUCACAGGAAGAGUUUCUGUCUGAGAUGUCUCUGGAGAUCCUCCAAGAGAUUUUAAAACGUCUUUCAGAUCAAGUUACAGAGGUUUCUGAAGAUAUUCCGCUUGCUCAUUUCCUUAAACCAAUCAUCAAAGAAUGCAAUGAGCAGUUACGUGAACCUCAGAAUAAACAAGCAAAACCUGCAAGGGAUAUUGUUCGGGCAGUCUCGUCUGCAUCGAAGGCGUCUUUCGUUCUCAUCAUUCAAUCCGUUGUCUCACCGCUUUUCACACUAUAUCAAGAAGCCGAUUCUAUAGCUAAGCAGCGGGCAUUCCUCGAAACUUAUGUUGCGCUUUUGGAUUCUGCGCUUGAAAUAUACGGCACAUGGGCUGGGAGAGACCCUGUAUCCCCACCACUGGAUAAUCCUCUAUCAGCGUUCCAGGACCAGUUUACCGAGGUCUUUAGUCAAGCGUUAAUGGGAACAGCCAAGGAAGAGACAUCCUUCAGACAGACAGCUUUACAAGGUCUUCUACGGCUAUCCAAGCUACGCAACUUUUUCCAAGAUAACGAAAUAGGAUUGUUUGUGCAAUACCUGGAUGAGAUCCUUCUCAAGGAAGAGCCUGUGGGCUCUGGCGAGCUCAAAAAGGAUGCGAUUUCGGCUCUUGCAGAGCUCUCAAGGCAUAAGUCGAAGGUCAUCAUGGACCUCACGCUUCCAGCCUUUAUGGCUACUCUUCCGGAUCAGGAUGAUGGAAAAGAAAUGAAAUAUCUGUCGACAUUGGAUACUCUUGCACAGAUCAGCACCGAAAGAGAUAUUUUUGAGACCCUGGUUCGACGUCUACUUAACAAAUUUGAUUUCUUACUACAAGCAGACUCUUCAAGCCCGGUAUAUGCGAAGGCUAUUAUAUUAACGAUUAUAUACGCCAUGGAGAAAAGAUCUGAUGACCUGUCUCAAAAUCUGGAAGCUUACUAUGACCGAGUCGUUGUUGGACUAUCGCGGAGAGUCGCUGCAGCUGCGACUAGCGAUACAUCCACGAUAUUGCGAGACGUAACAGUACUGGACUCCUUGGGGAGGCUCUGCAAUCUGAUCGUUCGAUCUAUUCCCCGUGGAAAGCAAGACGAGGUCGCCGAGAACAUCUAUACUCUUUUCUGCCAGUCUGAUAUUAACACCGACGAGUUCCAAGCAAUUCCAUUCAAUCCUGCAAGAAGUAAAGGCCAACUGCGAACAAUUAUUUUGUCCACUUAUCUUCUUGCAGGGCUGCCCAAAGACACAUCCAAUCUAAUACCAUACUUCAACAACACCGAUGAAGCGCCUUUACCCUUGCUCAACGAGUUCGUGCAGCUUUCCAUCAGCGGGACUUCAGAUCCGGCGAUUCAACUCACAAUCCACCGCCAUCUUGCCCUUCUCAUUAACAAGUUCCUGCCUAACUCGAGCCUGGUUCCUGUGUCGGAUAUCAUCACCAGCCUCCUCCCCAGUGACCUAGCCAACGCAAAACUGUCACCCAAAACCAUCAAGACCGUGUUCUGGCUCUCCAAGGCACUAAUCCUGCGUCUCGCGCCCUCGACUUCCUCUGUGCUCACGAAUCUUCUCUCCUUAUUAUCCUCACCCGACGAAACAACCCGCAACACAGCCGCCCGAGGGUUCUCCAUCAUCCUAAGCCCAGACGAUGUCCUAUCCGCGCAAAACGGGGCCAACAUCCGCCUUCUCUCCAAACAACGCGUCUUCAGCAUUGUCCUACCGCUCAUCAGCGCUAAAAUCCGUGAAGCUAGCACUACCACUACCGACACCAACAUGAAACCAGCAUACCUCACCGCCCUCUCUGGCGUGCUAUCCGCCAUCCCCCCAUCCCUCGUCCUCCCCGAACUCCCAACCCUUCUCCCCCUCCUCCUCCAAAGCCUCGACCUAGCCCCUCUCACCCCCUCCGCCAACCUCGUCAAAGAAGCAACCCUCAAAACCCUCGCCAUCCUAAUCCGCGACAACGGCGUCGACGUCAUCGACCAAAGCGGCCACAUCUCCGAGCUUGUGCACCGGCUCCUUAAAACCUCCUCCUACCAACAACAACAACAACACCAACGUCAACCAUCCUCACCUAUCCUCCGCGAACAGGCACUACGCUGCCUCUACCUCCUCGCAGUAACCCAAGCACCACCAAUAUCAACAUCGUCGGACGUCGACGCCGCUCUAGCCGCGGCAACAAGUCGACCGACGGGCUCAACGCUACCCAAAUCGAAGUUGUCGCCGUUGCUACCUGUCAAAAACGUAGUACUCAGAUCGUUGAUGCCGAUACUGGAUGAUCCGAAACGGGAUGUUAGGAAGGCUGCUGUCGAUGCGCGAGGCGCGUGGUUGAGGGCUGUUAGUGAUGAGAAUGAGGAUGAAGAUGAUUAGUAGUAUAAAGUGAGAAAAAGGUGAGAUCUAAAAAGUGAUGGAGACGUGGGGAUUAGAUUAUAAGAUGAAAAAGUAGAAUUCAUUGCAUUUGUUAUUAUGAAAUCGGCCUAUUUUAGCACCAGAUUAGACGAGAGCAGCAUCAAACUUCAUAUUCAAUACUAGUUAGGUCCUUCUCCCUGACAUAGAAUAGCUAAACGGGU